GUUCGAGCGCCCGUCUCCCCACGUACGCAACGCUCUCGUCGUACCUUCCAACGGAAGUCUUACGCGUGUGUCGCGACAUCGCCCCAUUCACCAACUCCUUACCACCCCCGUCCCUCACCCACCCCCACACGCAUUAGUUCAAGUACUUUCCCAUUAGUUCUUCGGUUCGUAUCCGCACGCGACACUGAUGGACAACACGAUGGGGGAAUAUUUUUUUUUCGAGUCUUUCAAAUACACCAGUGGUUAGGGGGUGAUACUGGGGAGGGGGAGGAACAUAUCGCGGGGUGAAAACAACUCGGAUGAAUUAUGAGGCGGGUAAAUUGGGGAUUGUGGACGGUUGUGGAGUGGAUGAUGAGGUGAUUCAAGGAAACUGAUAAUUCAAGUGCGAAGAGUGCUGAGGUUUUACGGAAUUUCGAGUGAUAAUAUUAAUGAAUUUAAUUUAAUGGUAAUUAAUGGUUCGGGGGAUCAGUCAUGUGGUUGCGGAAUUUUGGUGAAAUUUUGUUUUGAGUCGUAAAAUUUAUUUAAUUAAAUUCGAAAUUUAUUUCGUGAGGGAAAAUUGGUCAGGAAAAAUUAAUUUAACUAAUUUAUGGAAUUUAAUGAAAGUCAUCUUACAAGCAAUUUUCAUACUAUUGAGAUGUCAUUCAGAUAUUCAAAAAUAAUAUAAAAAACAUAAAUAAAAGACAUAGAUAAAGGAAAUUGUAGAACUCAUUGGAAUACUCGUGGAACAGAGGUAAAACGACAUUGCAGAAAUUCAACGUUCACUGUUUGGGUAAAUCUUUGGGGGAUUGGACUACAUCCCGUAAGGCGCUUCGUUUACCAGUGUAGAGUGAAGGGGAAAUAGGUACUGAAGAUCUAAAGAAAAUAAAUAGAAGGAAGAGGGAAAAUAAAAAGAGAGUGCUGUGACGAAAGCGACUGAAAAAACUGCUUUUACCGAAAUAAAAGUGAUGCAACGAUAAAAGAACAUAUUUUCCAAUAACCAGUGACAUGAGAAUAGCAACAAUAAUAACUAAAUUAAUAUUCCCAACAUUUCAUUAACAAUCUUUCUCAUUAAAAAAACCCAAAACCCAAAUUAAGGAGUGAAAAAAAUCUGUUGUCCCUUUGUGAUAAACAAAAAAAUUAAAAAACGUCUUCUGAAAUAUUUUAUUAAUUAGUUUCAAUUUUCUUAAUGUUUAAAAAGUUGUUGAUGAUAUUAAUUAGUCAUUAAAAAACAUUCCACUAUUUUUAUUAAUAUCAACAAAGCUUCAAGUCAAAAGUAAACAGAGGGCCAUCAAAUUGAAUUGAAAAGAUAAUUCAUUUAUAAUAAUUAUCAGGCAACAAAAAUUACUAAAAAAAAUAUAUAACUCAUAAUGAUUUUAUUCAAUUAAAUUUCUCUUUUUUUAUGCAAAAAGAAAAAUAAACCGGAGCUUUAAACGAAGAGUGGCCUGUUGACUUUACGGUCUGUCCAGAUCCCGUGUUAGAGGUGUCGUCAUUGGAUAUUACGAGCGUAAAAACACGGAAGUGGAAGUGAAUGGUGAAGGGUAGAGGGCAUGACGUGCCGCGUCACGUAGAGUUACAGAGACGCGGGGAUUUUCGUUGAGGGUCCCCCCUCAGGUUGUUGUAAAAAAAAAAAAGAGGGGGAGUCACAAGGGUGGAGAAAAAUCGCCGAGGGCGAGAUGCAGCAUCACGGGAAUCAGCAGCGACGUAUCCUCGGCCCCGCCCUCGUACUCCUGACAAUUCAAACGAUCGCACUAGUACUGGCAGGUGACCAAGAGAGAAACGUGUGGUACGAUGCGGCAACGCAGGACAUCGAGACAAGGAUACGUGCUGCAGCGGCCUCGAGUACCACUGGUACAACACCACCAGUUGGUGAAGCACGAGGGGUUGUAUUCUUUGUUGGUGAUGGUAUGGGUAUGAGUACACUCACCGCAGCUCGUAUUCUCUCUGGUCAGCGUCAAGGUAACACUGGUGAAGAGACGCGUCUCGCCUGGGACGAAUUUCCAGCGAUUGCACUAGCAAGGACGUACAAUAACGACGCUCAAGUCGGUGAAUCAUCGGCGUGUGCAACAGCUCUGGUGUGCGGGGUCAAGGCCAAUUACGAGACCGUUGGACUAGACUCAUCAGCGAAGUUCGACAACUGCCUCUCAAGUCAAACCGCAAGGGUACCGUCUAUUGUGCAGUGGGCGCAGGAGAGAGGUAAAUCUACAGGUCUCGUAACAACAACACGAGUAACUCACGCCACCCCAGCGGCUCUCUACGCUCAUGCCUCCAGUAGAUACUGGGAGGACGAUGGAAAAGUGCCUUCAGCCGCUAGAAUCAAUUGCAAAGACAUUGCUAAGCAACUUGUUGAAGACGAACCCGGUAGAAACUUGAAUGUUAUUCUUGGCGGUGGUAGACGACACUUCGUGUCUAAAGUCACGCCGGACCCAGAGGAUCCGGACAAAGAGGGAAGACGAUUGGACGGGAGAAAUCUCAUUACGGAAUGGACAAAGAGCCAUCCGGAGCCCAAUUCCAAGUACGUGUUCUCCAAGGAGCAGUUUGAUGAUGUUGAUCCUAGUCGGGUGGAUCAUUUACUAGGUCUGUUUGCCUAUUCCCACAUGGACUUUGAAGUAGAUCGCAAUGCAUCCGGCACUGGUGAUCCAUCACUCGCUGAAAUGACGUUAAAAGCACUGAGAAUACUCAAGAAAAACCCAGAGGGAUUCUUCUUGUUUGUCGAGGGUGGAAGAAUAGACCAUGCCCAUCACUAUAACAAUGCUUAUCGUGCACUGGAUGAGACACUAGCGAUGGAGGAGGCAGUACGAGCGGUCAGAGAUGAGGUCGACCUCACUGAGACACUUCUGGUAGUCACCGCUGAUCAUUCCCAUGUAUUGACACUAGGAGGGCUGGCUACACUACGGGGAAAUCCAAUUUUCGGCUCCGACAGCAAAAAGUCGGACGUGGAUGGGAAACCGUACACAACCCUGUUGUACAGCAACGGUCCGGGUCACACGGAGCCACGAUCCGUCAUGCGGGAGGCUAGCAAGGAUUCUAUUCAGACAGCGGGGGUUCCUCGCUCAUGGGCCACCCACGCCGGUGAGGAUGUCCCGGUCUUCGCCAUUGGACCCCUAGCAAACAUUCUAUUCUCCGGUAGCAUCGAUCAGAGCUACAUACCCCAUGCUAUAGCGUAUGCCGCGUGUAUGGGUAGACACGCCAGUCGAUGUUCACGAGAUUCAGCCAUAAUCAACGAAACAAUAAUGGCACCGAUAAGCUGUCCCUCAGCAGAGCCCAACAGUGCAGCAAUAUCCAGUGACGUGAUGAACGAUCAAGCGAGAAAUCCACCCAUCAACUCAAAUGCCCAACGCAACCUACCACUCGUUAUCAGUUUCAUAAUCACAAUCACUCUCCAACUGAAGAGUUAAUGUUCAAUGAAUACCUGAAUUUUUUUUGUACAAAAUAAGUGUCACAAACUGAGAAAAACAACAUUUUCAUGCCAAAUAUUGAUUUACUUUGGGGAAGUAUUUAAUUUUUUCGUUUGUUAUAAUUUUAUAAACCACUCAAUUUCAUCUUAAUCGAUGAUUUAUGAUUAUUAAUGAAUAAUAAUAGUAGUUAAUAAGUCCUGUUAAUGAUUAUUAUUUAUUGAUAACUAGGUAUUUAAUGGUUCAUUUCAUUGUACUUCAAUUUUUUGACCGAAAAAUGAUCGAAAUUCUCCUCUCGAGAGAAUCAGAAAUUUAGAACAAAUGAAAAUUAUUAAUGGGGUUCAGUAGAAGGAUCUGGACAACGUAGUUAUCCUCGAGAGCAAUGAAGUUGUUAUAAUUGAAAAGAAUUUGGCUCCUCUGGGAACUACUUAAUUUAAGAAAAUUGAAUACUUCUGGGGAGUAAAUGAAUAUUUAGCAAAAAUAAUUUUUUACUCAGUGCAGACUCAAAUUGUGAAUUCGAUUGAGAGAUACAGGUGGAGAUCGGCGGAUUUAUAGUGAAUAGAAGUUUUUUAUGGCUCGUGGGUAGUGAAUAAAUAUGAAUAAGUUGGCUGAAUCGAGGAUAUUUGGGUCACAUCGAAUUCGAAAAGUUCGGACAACAGAUUGGGCGAGGAAUAUCGACGGUAGGAAGAAUUUUUUCUUGACAAAAACCGAACAAUCUCGGAAAAUACCACCUCCAGGGCAAAAUACCAAGACAUCAUUUUUGUAAUUCAUAAAAUUCUGCGUGAAAAUGAUGUUCUGGUAUUUUUUUUUAAAUUCAAAUGGUUCUGAGAUUUUUUUACUUUUAUCUCCUGUGCCCUCUUAUUUAGAAAUAAUUGGUUCAUAAGAAAACAUGAAAAAUUUUGAAAACUAUUGCUUGUAUCGAAAAAUAUCAAAAAACCUUAUUUUUAGUUUAUGAAAUUCUCCACAAAAAUUAUCUCUUGAUAUUUUGCGAUAAAUCCAACAGAUCCAAAGAUUUUUUCAAUUUUCUUUUGCAAAAAAAUCUCACAUCGAUCCCUUUGAAUGAAUUCACCUAAAGAAUCACGAAGAGGAUCCUAACACAAGCCACCUCCUCGAAAACUUCGAAUUUACUCGCAAAUUAAAAUAAUCUACCCAUUUUGCCCCAUAACGUUGAGAAAUAUAGUGAAACCCUAUUUCGUUUCGUUGAUUUUCGAAUAAAACACAUUUGUUGCUUAAUUUCCAACAUUUUUUCAAUCAUUCUCCGGGUCAUUUUCGACCCCCCCAGCCGAACGUUGGAUAUCUGCCUCCAACACUCGAAAACAAGUGCAACGAGACUCUCUAUCCUCAUCCCUAAUUUUUUCCUCAACGAAUAACUACGAAAAAACAGAAUGAAGUACUCACGAAUCGUCGUCACCACCACUUUUGCACCAAAAAAACACCACGUAAUGUUGUUCAUUUUCGUAUUACGUCUGUAGACUCAUUUUCACUGAAGUAUCUCACAAAACGGCUUAUCAAGUUCACUGGAAUAAAAAAAAAACUGAAUAUAUU